UAUAUGAUAGAGAAUCCUCUUGAGAGCAAAAGGGGAAAAAAAGAAAAAAAAGAAAAAAGGAAAAACAGAGCAAAUUUCUCUGUUAAUUUUGAGGGAAGAAACAAAAAAUUAAUAAAAAGCUUUUGGCUAUGGAGGGUUUGCAGAGAUCUGCAGUUUCUUUCCGGCGGCAAGGCUCAUCGGGACUGGUCUGGGACGACCGGUUUUUGUCCGGCGAGUUGAAGCAAACGGCCGCCGCGUCGGAGAAAGAAUCGGAAGAGAAUCAAGAGGCGAAAUCAACGACGGCGGCGGUGGAGCCGAUCAGUAUUACGAUCGAGAGAAGCCGAUCCAACGGUGGCCGUGGGUACCGGACUGGGAAGGUGUCGCCGGCGAUUGAGCCACCGUCGCCGAAGGUCUCGGCCUGUGGAUUCUGCAGUGCGUUUGGGAAACCAACGAAGAAGAGUCGCCGGACGAAAACUGGUAAGCGUAGAUCGCGGUAAGGUACGGAAUUUUCUCCGGCGAUCGGCGGCGGCGGCGAUUUUGCCGGUGGUCUGUGAGAGAAGAGUGAGAGUUUUGAAAAUAGAAAAAUAUAGAUGGAAAAUUAGGUUUUGUGGGAAUUAUAUAUUUUUAAUUUUAAAAUCAUGUUCUUGUGGCUUUUGUUACUCUUUAUUAGAUCUUAGAAUUGUAAUUUGUGUAUAAAUUAUAUAUAAACUAUGUAUUUUGUGUUUGUUUAAAUCUUAUGUAUAAAUUAUUAAACUAAAAUUUUCCCCAA